GUUAUGUUAAAAUGUAUUCAUGGCUGCCCAAUUUUUUCAGAUUAAGAAACAAAUAAAUCAUACCAACGCAUUUAGCAACCAAUCUAAAUUGAAGAACAUAAAUUAAAUUAAUGAGUUUACAUUUGUAUACAUGUUCGAAAGAAUAAAUGUGCAAAUGAUUUGAAGCUUUGUUUAUGUUUGCUGCAUACUGAAAUGCCAAUAGGAAAGUACUCCCACAAUAGACUUGCAACAUCAUCAAUAGAUGAUGAUUUUAUAGAAGAACAAGAAUCGGUUGAAGUAGGUAACUUUAAUUACCAGGUAACCCAUGUUGGAAGUGAAAUGAUAUCGGUAGUAACUCAAGUUGGUUUGGUUGUUGAAAAAUUGUACUCUCAAAAUUCUUCACUGUUGCGUUCAAUACUAAAUACAAAUAAAGUACAGUUAACGAUUGAUAAAUAUGGAAUUAAUGUUUUGGUAAAAAACAAAAAAAAUGAUAAAAGUAAACGUUUUAAUGUGAAUGAAAUAAUCUCAGUGAGUAAAGAUAGCAAACAAGAUCAUCUUGUGGUUCUUGUAAGUAAAACAUCAAACAAUUUGUUUGUAGAUGUUUAUUCUUGCAAUAAUGAUAAAACUGCUGAUCAAAUUGUGCAAGAUUGCAUGAAAUACUUUGAAAUAUGUUCAGGUGUUGACAGUUUUAAAUAUGGUUCUUUUCCAUUGAUGGUAGAAGUCAUUCAUUCUUGCUCUGCUAAUUCGUUUAGUAUUAAUGAAAGUCCUUCUUUGAAUGUUAAAAGCGAUAUGUUUCAAAACUGUAAGUUGAAGUAUGGCGAUGAACCAGAUACAUCUGAAUUUGGAGAUUUCCAAUCUGUUCAGAGUUGUAAUUUUCCUAAAGAAGAUAAUUGUGAUGGUGCUCCUAAAUCUUUUGAUAGUCGGUUUGAAAUACUGAAUCCUUCUAAAAGUCAAAAUCAAAACUCUGAAUUGUCUGUUUUUGAUGAAUAUGAUAUUUUUAAGGAGAGACCACCAUCAAAUAUAUUUAAUCCAUACACCAAAAUAUCAAUCAAUGAAGAUUUAAUUUGAUAUAUUUUUUUCAGGGCUUGUGCUAUUGUUUUUUAUGGAAAGGGCAGGGAAAAUACAGGUGAUAAAAUGAUAAAAAGUGUCUUCUGCACCUCAAACACAUCUAGUUCUGUAGAAUAAUUGAAAACACUUGAGGUUAUACCUUAAUCCGCCAUUUUAGUUUCAGAUAUUUUUUUCAAAUAAAAAAAAUAGUGUUUUUUUUUUUAAUCUAUCUAACUGUACAGCCCUUGUACUAUAUUUAUUAUUUGAUCUAGAAUAAAUACUUCUCCUAUUUUUAGAAAACUUAUUAAAACUAUAUAGUUGUGCAGACACAUCUAUUUAUAAUUUUGCUUUGUUUCUCAUUAAAUGUUUUAAUAAUUAUGCUUUAAUAUUACGUCAAAUAAAUGAAUAUUAGUUAGUUAAGAAUUGGUAGCAUCAAGUCCUGAAUGAAUAUAUCAAAGCAUGCUUUGGUUUUACUUUUUUAUGUUUAAACAUUAAAAUAACAAAAAAGUAUCUUUAGAUAAGGCUGCAGUCAUUCACUCUGUUAGCGCCACUCGGCGGCAGCCAAUUAGUCACUGAUUUUUCGGGGAAUGAAUUUGUAAAAGGCUUUUAUUUUAUUUUUACUUUUUUUUUCAACUUUUUUUAAUAUGUAAAAUUAAUAUAAAAAUUAAUAAUAUAUUGAGAAAUAAUUUAUAACAGAAUAGUAGUUAAGAGUUCCUUUAUUUAAAAUCUUUUAUUAUAUCCAGAAAUUCUUUUAUUGUAUUUAGAGAUUCUUUUAUUAUAUCCAGAGAUUCUUUUAUUGUAUUUAGAGAUUCUUAGUAGUUUUUUAUGUGUUACAAAACAUUUUAUGUGGUUAGAUUUUCUUACCAAUUUAUUAAAAAUCUCUUGGUUUUUUAAAUUGCAUGGAAUUACCAACACAAUUUGCUUUUGUUAAGGAAUCUUUGGUUUUAUCCUUGAUUUCUUAUUUUUAAAUGUAUUUGAAUCAUAGAUUUUACUUAUUUUUUAGAUGUUACGAGUUUUUAUGAAUAAACUGAUUUUUUAAAUAUUUGUAAUGAAAUUUUGCGAUUUUCUUUGAUAUUUAUACAGAUAAUACAGAUAUAAGAUUCCCUAAAA